CUAGUUUUGGCUUCCAUAGGCUAUUUUGACGCCAUUUUGAUCACAAUUGUCUAAACUGUUUCUUUUUAAUGUUGAUUUUGAUUAUCCGAGUAAUUUACAGUUAACUGUUUGUUUGACUUGUUCAGCGCUGAAAUACAUCGACUUAUGUUAUUCAAUAAUUUUUUUGACAAAAUGUGAACCAAAUGAUCAAUUUUACAUUAUCUAACGGAUAACAAAUUCAACCAAAACCAAUGAAUAGCAAUUUAGAUAUUCCUGGUUUCAGUGAUAAAAACGACAGUGUUGAUAAAAUGAAAUCUGGUUUCUGUGAACCUUAUCGAGGAACCGUUUGUUCCCAGCUCAUUGGAAAUCAAACAAUCUAUGUCGAAUCUGAAGGGAUUCAAGAUUUGAUGGAACAAAAAAUUGGCGGAGUUUUCACUGUGAUCAAAUCUUCUCGUGAUGUAUCACUGCAGUGUCAUCGAUUUGCCAUCCCCUCACUGUGUUUUUCAAUAUUUCCACUUUGUAAUCAAGAUCUACCUCAACCUAAACCAAGACAGGUUUGUCGAGAUGAAUGUGAAAUGUUGGAACAUCAAAUAUGUCACUUAGAGUAUACCAUUGCUAAGCGCCAUCCCUUAAUUGGUCAAGCAAAUUUAUUGCCUGCUUGUGAAAAAUUGGCACCAUCAGGCUCAAUAGAAAGUGCUGAUUGUGUACGAUUAGGAGUACCAAAUGUUGUCCAAGUCGUCCAAGAUGAUACAUGUUAUCAAGAUAAUGGGGAAAAUUAUCGAGGAACUACAUCACGAACAGUAACUGGAGUUGAUUGUGCUCCUUGGCAUCAACAAGUUUUUUAUAAGACUGCUGAUUAUCCUGAGCUUAUUGGUGGACAUAAUUAUUGUCGAAAUCCUGGUGGAAUGGAAUCUCAACCUUGGUGUUUUAUUCGUGAUCCAGAAAUGAAAAAGGUUCAUUGUGAUGUACCUAAAUGUGUUGACAAUUUUUGGGUUUACAUUGUUGUUCCAAGUCUUGGUGCCCUAGUCCUGUUUAUACUUUUAUUAGCUUUAUGUUGCCUUCGACGUAAACCUCGAUCUAAAUCUUCUGGUCCUCAAUUUGCUUCUGGACGUCAAAGUGAAUCUUCAAUAUCAAAUUUACAAUCAAGUCGAAACGGUGUUGGUGGAAGUGGAUCAGUUGAAAUGAACUCAUUAUUACCUAAAAAGCAAUCACAUGCAACAGAAUAUCCAUUAUCUUGUUUAAAAUUUAUUGAAGUCUUAGGUGAAGGAGCUUUUGGUAAAGUGUAUCGAGGUGAAUUGAUUAUGUCACUUAAUGAUACUGUACCUAUUGCCAUAAAAACAUUGAAAGAAGAUGCUAAUAUGAAAACUCGACAAGAUUUUCAACGUGAAGCUGAUUUAAUGGCAGAUUUAAUUCAUCCAAAUAUUGUUUGUCUUCUUGGUGUUUGUUUUAAAGAGGAACCAAUGUGUAUGAUGUUUGAAUUUAUGUCAGAAGGUGAUCUUCAUGAAUAUUUGAUCACUCAUUCUCCAGGUAGUGAAAUGGUUAAUAAAGAUGGAACAAGACCUCGAGUUUUAGAUAUAAAUGAUUUUCUUCAUAUUUCAACUCAAAUUGGUGCUGGUAUGGAAUAUCUUGGAAGUCAUCAUUAUGUUCAUCGAGAUUUAGCAGCUCGAAAUUGUCUUGUUUCUGACCAUUUAACUGUAAAAAUAUCUGAUUUUGGUUUAUCUCGUGAUAUUUAUGCAUCGGAUUAUUAUCGUGUUCAUUCAAAAUCUUUAUUACCAGUUCGUUGGAUGCCACCUGAAUCAAUUUUAUAUGGUAAAUUUACAACUGAAUCAGAUGUAUGGUCAUUUGGUGUUUUACUUUGGGAAAUAUUCUCAUAUGGAUUACAACCUUAUUAUGGUUAUACAAAUCAACAAGUAAUUGAUAUGAUAAGAGGUCGUCAUUUAUUACCCUGUCCAUCUGAAUGUCCACCAAACAUUUAUUCUCUAAUGAAUCAAUGUUGGACUGAAAAUCCAGCACAAAGACCUUCUUUUAGUCAACUUCACCAAAGAUUGAGAAAUUGGAAAGCAGUUUACAGUAACACCAUUGCAUCAACUACAUUACCUUCAGCUAGUAGUCAUUCAUCUAGUCAUUCUGGUAUCAAUUUAAUGGGCUCAACUCUACCUCAUCAUCAUAACCAUAAUCAUCAGCAUCAACAGCAUCAUCAACAACAGCAACUUCACAAUCAACAUAAACUUUCAUUAACUUUAGGAUCUCGUUCAACAUCAGGAGGAAUUGGAGGAGAUGGAAGAGAAGGAAGAAACAUGUCUAAUAAUAAUUUAAAUCUUCAUCAUCUACUCCAGUCAUCAACAUCGCCACAUUCAUCAUCUUCACUGUCUCAACAUUACGGAAUAACAACAAAUGUACGACAAAAUAAAGAUAGCGGGUCACCUUUAAUUUCGCAACAACAAUUUCCAGUUAUGAAUCAUCAAACAAUUCAACAACAUUUUAAUGGACAUCAAAAUCAAACACCUUACAUAUUAAAUCAGCAUCAUUUUAUAACAACUAAUCAUGGAUCAAAUUCACCAUCUUUAAGUAAUCGAAGUAUGUCAACAAUGACAGGCCAUACAUUCAAAGGUCAUAAUAACGGUGCAUAUAAUCAGUAGAUUUACUGUGUCGAUACACAUAUGAACAUGAAAGUUCUUUUCACAUUGGAACCAUUUCGACGACUAAUCACUAUGAAUUCUAUGAAAUUUCAAGUUAUA